AUGGUACCCAACAUCGCCGCCACUACGAAUCUACUGCAAGGAGUGUCCCUCUCACCGCGCUUUCAUGCAGACGCGGACACGGACACCGAGACAAAUCUGGACAUCUCAAGGAGCACUGCAACCGAGCGUGAUUCCGAUGUCACAGCAGCAAGUCCCUAUGAUGGGGAUGUAGAGUUUGCCGCUCGAUCCUACGCUGGGCAGACCCAGCAGCAGUCUCAACCUCAAGCAGUGUCGGCAGCAUCAGCAUCCGCAAAUUUCCCGAACUCUAGUGCAUCCCUCUCGGCAUUUGGCACGGCACCUCGAGAGGCGCCUUCGCACUCGUGGGCGGUGGGAGAUCCCUCUCAGCUCACGAGCAAUGAUCGAGCGGAAACGCCUCACUCGGAGGCUCCAGUGCCCAUUUCCACACCCGACACCAUCCGGGAUUACAUUCGGAAAGCUAUUUACGAGCCCGAUCCUUUGCGAGACUAUCGCAUCAAUCUACCUCCCGAUGGAGGUCGCAAUCCCAACAGACCUGUGCGAAUCUACGCUGAUGGAGUGUACGAUCUCUUUCAUUACGCGCACUCAUUGCAGCUGCGUCAAGCGAAGCACUUCUUCCCAUGCGUCCAUCUCAUCGUGGGAGUCGUAUCUUCCGCAUCUUGCGCCCAGCACAAGAAUGAGCCCGUGCUCAACUCGGCAGAGCGCUAUGCUUCCGUGCGCAAUUGCCGCUGGGUGGAUGAGGUGUUGGAAGAUGCGCCGUGGAUCAUCGAUCAGUCCCUCAUCGAUCGAUUGCAGAUCGACUACGUGGCUCACGACGAAGCGCCCUACGCCAGCAAAGAUGGAGGAAACUCGGACAUCUACAGAUUCUGCAAGGAACAAGGCAAGUUUUUGCCCACGCUCAGGACUCCUGGUGUCAGCACUAGCGAAUUGCUAGGCCGAAUAGUCAGCCAAUACAGGCAGCACUCUUUCGACGAUAAGCUGGCCAAAAUUGGGCUCCAUUUCGACUAG